AUGGCUUUGGACGCAAAAACAGUUGUUACUGUUGUGGCCAAGAAUUCAAAUUCAGAACUCAAAGUAAUGUAUGAUCAAAUGCAGGUUUAUUUGGAUGGUGAGGAUGGUUUGGACUUGGGUUCAGCAAGCUUGCGUGGUUUUACUCAGGAGAAUAAGAAUGAGACUCUGUUGAAAUUCACCACUCAGGUGAAGAACAUGUUGAUUGAUGAUGAGGUGGGGAAAAAGCUAAAAUAUGGCUAUAAGAGCAAGACCUUGUUGGUGUCGACGGAGGUGAGAACUGGGAUUGCAAUGGGAGGGAAUGGAUGGACUACUGGAGCUGUAAAUGUAAAGUUGAUUUGUGGAGCUAUGAGCUUGAAGCAGGUGGAGAAUAGAGCUAUGCCUAAAUGCAGAAUUAACGUGUUCAAGUGGUUCAAUAUACACUGA